AUGGCUUUAUUUGGAGAAGAAGUCAAGCCAGCCAAGAAACGAGCCCGACGUGAUAACCCAGCAGGCGAAGGAAGCGCAAGCCAGAGAUGGAACCAACUGCAGACUCGCAAAGCUGAAGCAGCUCAGGCCCGGCUUGGCUCUCUGAAGACUGAACAUCAGCCUGUUCAGGAUCAAAUUUCCUCUGAACCACCUCUGCAGCAUCAUGAUCUCGAUAGUAAUGAAGAUGACGAUGGUGACAAUGGUGAUGAAGUUAUUGCACCACAGGUGUAUGAAGAGCUCCAUCUGGUUGAAGAGGCAAACCCAGCCUCUGGAGAAGGAGAUAAUCUGACAGUGAUACCGGCCAACCGAUCUGACUACUAUCGAGGUGUAACUUACCAAGAGCGAACACUUUGUGAAGAAGCUGACUGGCAGGAUGUCAUUCCACAAAUCUUUAGGGUGUUCAUACCUUGUGCUCAGAAGACUCGACAAUGGGGCGACCAGAAUUUAUGGAAUUUUGACUGGAAUUCUCAGUGCAGAUGUGCUGGUUGGCAGAAGUCUGAGGUUGAAGUGGAUGCUAUAGAUAUCUUAAGCCGUCAGAAGAUCAAACUUCAGACCUGUCGAUGCAUUCCUGAUGUAGUGCGGCUAGUUAUGAAAGGCUACAUGGGUGGUUCAGCAGAUCGGCCACGGACUGCAUUCUCGAUCCGUUUACUACGCUUUAAUCACAUACUGUGGAAGCAUUGCACAGCUCGUCUUGCUCCCUUUGUUGAGGGGCUAAAUGAGUUCCUUGAUGCCUCAAAUGCUCUUUUUUUGGUACCAGGUACUGAUAAUACUCGCGACUGGCGAAAGAACUUCUCAGCAGCUGUUGAUGCGUAUCGGGAGAUGAUUCGGCUUGAGGAAGAGAUGGUUACGAAAGCUUUGCAUUUAACACCAAUUGAUCAGCUUGCAUCAAACUGCCCACCUUGCUUUGGACCGGUUGUUCCAGGAAAGCGAGCAGAAGAGCCCAACUAUAUCAUAUGCUUAGAUGGUAAUUUCCAGCACAGGCGACACAUGGCUGCAAGUGCUUCUUGGCGAGCUUGUGAAGGUGUGGGAGUCGCAAUUGGGGCAACGAGGGCGUAA